GCAGGGGCAUAGCAGCAGCGCAGUCAAGGGUCAGCAGUCACUGAGGAGCGUCUCAGACAUCCCUGCUUCACCCUCUCUAGUUAGUGGCAACAGCUGGGCGACGCUAUACAGAUAUGGCUCCUCCCUACCUCCCCUAGCUGCGUCUAGCCUAGCCACACACACUCACACUUCACUGGCAGACACUUUUAUCGGUGCAUGGAUUUAUGUUGUGUAAGAUGAUGAGAACGAGUGAUCUUAAUGUGUCUUGAUAGUCCACUGAAAUAGAAACCACUGGUGUGUUACUUAAAAUCAGCUUUACUUAAGAGUUACAAUGUAAAUCAUGUAAAGAAGUGUAUACAAGGCAUAAAAAAACUAAGGAGAUUUAGCAUUAUACUAUAUUUAAACCUAGUGAAUUUCAAGUUAAGGAUGACACCAACACAGACAAUGAAGGGGAGAGCGACAUACCCAGUACAACCCCAGGUUCUGCUACUCACCAUGGUGGCUCUCCUCCUCCUGCUACCCCUGCAGGUCCUAGCACAGUACAAAUCGGAACGAGCGCCAUUUAAUGAAUUUCUAAAUUAUGGCAAAAAGAAAGUAAAGGCUGGCCCAGAGCUGGAGAACGAAAUUAUUAAAUCAAAGGUGGAAGUUCUAGGUGAAAUUCUUAAACAUCACGUGCAAAGCCUUAGACAGGUUCCCAACCAGAAGAUUGAGUUGGUGUUCCUGGUUGACUCCUCAGCGUCGGUGGGGGCCGAGAAUUUCUUCAACGAGAUCAAGUUUGUCAAGAAACUGCUGGCAGACUUCGCUGUUUCUUACAACCAGACCCGAGUCGCCGUCAUCACCUUCUCCAGUAAGAGCAAGGUCAUCCGCCACAUUGACCACGUGACCCAGGCCUCCGAGGAGAACCACAAGUGUUCUUUACUGGAACAGGAGCUACCCAGGAUCAAAUACUCGGGUGGUGGCACUUACACCCUCGGUGCCAUGCUCGAGGCUCAGAGCGUGAUAGCCCUGGCCAGACAGGAUGCAGUGAAGGCAGUGUUCCUAGUGACAGAUGGCUACAGCAAUGGUGGUGACCCCAGGCCAGCUGCUGCCUUCCUUCAAGCCAGGGGCGUCAGGAUCUUCACCUUCGGUAUACGCAAUGGAAAUGUCAAGGAGUUGUAUGAUAUGGCAUCGGUGCCAAAGGAGGAACAUUCCUAUAUUCUGGACUCCUUUGAAGAGUUUGAGGCUCUGGCCAGAAGAGCUCUACAUGAGGAUCUUCACAGUGGGGUUUUAAUGGAGCAGGAUCCACGGUCUUGCCUCAAGCUAUGCCAGGCGGAGGACUACUGCUGUGACCCCUAUGCCACUUGUACCUGUGGCACGCACACGGGGCACUUUGCCUGCACCUGCCGCAAGGGCUACUAUGGCACAGGGCUCCGAGGCGACUGUAGACCAUGUCCAGCGGGGACAUACAAGGACACACAGGGGCCAGGGGAUGUAUCAUCAUGUAAGCCAUGUCCUGAUCCCCAAAUGAUGAGCGUUCAGGCUUCUACUUCGUCUCAGCAGUGCUACUGUAAGAGAGGCUACAACCAAGUCGGCAUGCAGUGCAUGAUGUUACAGUGCCCAGUGCUGGUACCCCCAGAGAAUGGCUACUUUGUGCGCAACACCUGCAACAAUGUGGUUAAUGCUGCUUGUGGUGUUCGCUGUAACCCAGGCUUUACUCUCCAAGGCUCCUCCAUUAGACUUUGUGGCGAGGAUGGCGUGUGGAGCGGUGGAGACACCCAGUGUGUUAUGAAGUCUUGCCCCAAGCUGCAGCCAAUGGAACAUGGAACAAUGGUGUGUUCUCAGACUCACCUUACCAUGGACACUGAGUGCCACUUCACCUGCGACCCAGGCUACCAACUUGUUGGCUCUAAGACAAGAACCUGCCUCCCUGUUGCAAUGUGGGAUGGCAUCUCAGCAUACUGCAAGCCUAUCUUCUGCCCAUCACUUUCAUUGCCACGCCAUGGCCAGGUGCGCCCUGCCUCUUGUACCACCUCUAAAUCAAAGUAUGGGACAAGGUGUGAGUUUGCAUGUGACCCUGGCUACCAGCUCAGCGGCCCCGUAAAGACCACCUGUGUUGACCCUGGCAUCUGGUCAGGUGGUCAUAAAACUCCAAAGUGUGUAGAUGUGACACCGCCGGUGCUGCAGUGCCCAGCAAACGUGACAUUGACGACAGACCCACAUGAGAGCUUUGCCAUGGUCACCUGGGAUGCUCCGUUUGUUAAAGACAACUCGAAGGCCAAGGUAUGGCUGACAACAAUCCCAGCCACAACACAGCCUAUGAAACUAAACAUUGGCACCCACACCAUCACCUAUGUGGCAAAGGACAAGUUGGGCAACAAGGCCUCCUGUCAGUUCUCCAUCACAGUUGUAGAUGAGGAGGCACCUCGCGUGGACUGGUGCGACUCUCCACCUAUUUUCCUAUCUCAUGAAGAGGAUGUUGAUGUCUACUGGGAGGAACCUAUUUUCUCUGAUAACUCUGGCAAGGCUGUCCAGGUUACGCGGUCACAGGAGCCAGGUCAGUUCCCACAAGGUGACACCAUGGUGGAAUACUGGGCAGUGGAUGAGGCUGGCAAUGUUGCCUCCUGUAACAUUACCAUCACUGUCCAAAAGCACGCCUGUCAGCUGCCUGUGGACCCCAUCAAUGGAGCUGCAAACUGCACUGAGAACCCUGAAGCUGUCUUCUGCACACUCACUUGUGAUGAUGGCUAUGCCUUUGCUAUGCGUCCACGUCAGGAUUACUUCUGUGCCUAUGAUGGUAUUUGGCUUCCUGAUGACAACCCUAUGCCCUUCCCUGACUGCUCUGUGACUUCGAUAUCAAACACCAUAUCACAGGCAGGGGAGAUGGCGGUGGAUGAUGACGGCUCAGUAUGUGAUGAUAUCUUCUUCAUGGGGCAGAUAGAGAAUGAAAUGGAAAAGAAGCUGGAAGAGGCACUGAACACCAUGUGUAAUGAGGAUGUGGUGUGUGAAGUGGCUGCUGUGGAGGCUGUGUGUGAGAGUAUCCUCGCUGAGGCUGAGGAAGAACUGAACUCAGUUGGGUUCUACAGGAGGAAGAGGUCUAUAAAUAAGGAUCUACUUGCAUCUUUCUGGCCCAUGGAGAAUGAUGAUGGUGAUUGGUUGUACUGGAAGCGCGGUGACACCAUGACAAUGACCAAAAGGCAGAGAGUUAGGAGAGACAUCUCUCUGCUGCCUGAGUUUGAAGAUAUCAAAAACAGAGAGCGUCACAAGAGACAAUUUGGAUUUUCCCUUGACCAUUUGUUUGGCAGUGGAGUGGAGAAAGAGACUCCUAGUCAUUCUAAUAAACAAUCCGAGGAAAACUAUCUUGGAGUCUUGAUUGAUAUCAUCUCUCGAUCAAUGACAUCAGAUAUUGGCUUAGUUCAUUUUGGAUCAUUCCUCUCUAGUUUAAAGUCUAAUAAUGGAGAAUUCUCUACUGAGGACUUCUUGUUAGCUUUCUCUCGAGAGUUCGGAGAGGAUAAAGCAGAGGCAUUGCGUGAACUAGCUGUGAAAAAGCUGAGUGGCAUGAAGAUUUCAGGGCUCACUGGUAGUGAAAUUGGCAGUAACAGCAGUGAAAGAUACCCCAACCCCAUCCAGCUUCCAGAUGACCAGCCUGUCGGAGAGCGCCGCUCUGUCUAUACCCAUACCUCUUCUGGCCAAGAGCACAUGUGGACAACCCAUAGCUCUGGCUCACAAGAAAACCAGACUGAGGGCCCAUACCCACUUGGUGGCAACUUUGCUGAUGGCAACAUAGGCCAGUCUUCAGUACUGAAGUCAGGGAAGUAUGAUGUGGGCUCAACCUCAUACGACUAUGAUGCCUCUUACUCAACAGAUGUUGGACAUGGCUUUGCCAAAAAAGCUUUCAAAGUGCGAUUCAGAGUAGAAGGUCAUGGGUCGGGAGCAACGGAUAAACUGGAAGGAGCCAUGGGUGGUUUGUUGCAAGCAGCAGAGGCAGGACAAUUGGACAUCAGCUUUGGAGAGCGACAGCUUCGUGUGGCAGCCAUUAGACUCAAGGAGCAUCCAGAGUUCAUCUGUGAGGCUGGCAGUGUGCCCAGAGAUGGACAAUGUGUAAAAUGUCCUGUGGGAACAUUCUUCAAUGUGGUGUUGCGGGAAUGUCUGCCAUGCCCCCAGGGCUCCUUCCAGCCACAGGAGGGGCAGGUUUCCUGCCUCGUUUGCCCUGAGAAUACUUCUACCAAGAGUGGCAAUGCCAAGAGUGACCAGGACUGCAAGGCCCAGUGUCUACCAGGGUCUUUCUCUGAGGAUGGUCUGGAGCCAUGUACUACAUGUGAGAUAGGGCACUACCAGGAUGAGUAUGCCUCCAAGAUCUGUGUUGCCUGCCCUCAUGACACUACCACCUGGCGACGUGGUAGUUGGCUGAUUGAUGAGUGCAAACCAUCGUGUAUUGCGGGAAAGGUGUCAGAGACAGGGCUGGAACCUUGCUUUGAUUGUCCUGUGGGUUUCUUUCAAGAUCAUCCUGGCCAGACUGAAUGCUUCAGGUGCCCAGAUGGAGUGAGUACUCCUACAACUGGCACUGCAUCCCUAUAUGACUGCGAUGGAGUGUUGGAGGAUGGGCAGGCUGCGUUCACCAAUUUGCAGAAGCUCUCCAUUAACGAUUGUUUCAGCAUCCCUUGCCAGAACCUUGGCACCUGCACACCUAUGGACUUCGGUUAUGUCUGCCAGUGCCCCCCUGGCUAUUCUGGUCAACAGUGCGAGUCUGAGGUGAACGAGUGUGAGAGUGAGCCCUGCUUCAACAAUGCAACCUGCAUCGACCUGCUUAACAAUUUCCGGUGUGAGUGUCUGCCAGGGUACACAGGCUUACACUGUGAGAUCGACAUCAACGAGUGUGACUCUAACCCCUGCACGAAUGGCGCAACUUGUGUGAACCUUGUUAGCACCUUCAUGUGUAUCUGCCAGUCAGGGUACACAGGUGAGGUGUGUGAUGUGGACAUCGAUGAGUGUGAAGGCAACCCUUGUACUGCGGGGGCCACUUGCCAGGACCUCCUCAAUGACUUUGCCUGUCUCUGUCCUCCUGGAGACACAGGACGCUUCUGUGAGACCCAUAUCAACGAAUGUGAAUCCUCUCCUUGUGAGCAUGGCCUCUGCAUUGACCAUGUCAAUGAGUUUAGGUGUGUGUGUGAGCCAGGAUACACAGGCAAUACAUGCAAUGUGGAUGUGGAUGAGUGUGCAUCACAGCCCUGCACCAAUGGUGCCUCCUGCACUGACUGGAUCAAUGGCUUCUCUUGCACUUGUAGCCCGGGUUACUCUGGCAAACUCUGCGACACUGAGAUGCCAACUGACUUUGUGCUGGAGUUUCCAUCUUCUGGCAUCCUUGACUAUGUGUUGGUGGAGGGCUUCUCAAAGCCACUUGAGAGUGUAUCGUUGUGUUUGUGGAUGCGCUCGGAUGACCGAGACAAUUAUGGUACGCCCUUCAGUUAUGCCACGGAUGAUCAUGAUAAUGCCCUCACCCUCACUGACUACAAUGGGUUUGUGCUGUAUGUGAAUGGGGAUAAACGGAUCACGGACAUCCGAGCUAAUGAUGGACAGUGGCACCUGGUGUGUGCCACUUGGUCAAGCAACAAUGGAACUUGGGCUGUUUACCUUGAUGGUGAGAGGAAGGAUAAUGGCAUUGGCCUUGCUGAAGGUGCUACCAUUAAUGGUUCAGGAACACUGGUGUUGGGACAGGAACAAGACCAACGUGGAGGCAGCUAUAGUCCACAGGAGAGCUUCAUAGGAGAGAUGACAUUGGUGAAUGUGUGGAGUGAGGAGCUGAAUCCUUCUAAUGUGGAGGCUAUCUUCAGCCAGUGUGAUAGAUAUGUGGGCAGCACCCUGGGUUGGCCAGACUUCCAACCUGGUAUAAAGGGUCAGAUUACAGUGAAGAGUUCAACCUUCUGCCGAGGUUGUGGUGUGCCACGAGUACCUGAGAAUGGCAGUUUGCAGAAGAGCAGGGAAGGUGCAGGUGCUCAUGUCAUUGUUACCUGUGAUACUGGCUUCAAGCUGUACCAAGGCCAGAGUGAGCGUACCUGCCUUGUCUAUGGCUCCUGGUCUGGCAAGGAGCCAGAGUGUCGACGCAUCAGCUGCAGCUUCCCAGGUUACCUAUUGAAUGGCCAUAUGGAAGGUAACAGCUACAGCUAUGGUGACACCAUCAGCUUCACCUGUAAUCCUGGCUUCUUCUUGAAGGGCGACACUGAGAGGACCUGCCAAGUUGAUGGCAAGUGGAGCGGUGAACACCCUCACUGUGAUGUGAUUAAGUGCCCACACCUGAAUGCUGGCCCUCAUGGGAAGGUGAUGUCACUUCUAGGAGACUACAUGCCUACCAACCAGAUUUCCUUCAGGUGUGAGGCAGGCUAUCAGAUGGAUGGUCCCAAGACCCUCACUUGUGGUGGUGAUGGUGAGUGGGAUGGACAGCCCCCUUCUUGUCAGUCGGAAACUUGUGGAGAGUUCCCUAGCAUUGUCAAUGGGUAUGUUGAGGGUGGACCUUCGGUGAGGCCUGGGGAGCAAGUGGUGGUCAAGUGUGAUUUUGGCUACAAGUUGGAGGGUGACGCUCUGGUCACUUGCAAAGAUGACUCAACGUGGUCCCGCCCACUGCCCAAGUGUGUCACACCCAAGUGCUCAAAGCCACCAGCAGUUCAACAUGGCACAGUUAAGGUACGGGCUUCAGCCACAUCCAAAGAGGCAGUGUAUAAGUGUGACUUUGGUUAUGUCCUUGUGGGAGCCAAGACUCUGGAGUGUGGUGCUGAAGGAGAGUGGAAUGGCCCCUGGUCCACUUGUGAGGGCCUUCCUUGUCCUGACCCAGAGGUGCCUUCACAUUGCUCUAUACCCCAACAGGAUGUCUGGCGAGUGGGUGAUAUUCUGACAUAUGAGUGCGAAGUGGGUUAUAAAUUGGUCGGCGAUGCCUUUCGUACCUGUGCUAGUAAUGGGUAUGAUGCUGAAUGGCAGGGAGAGACUCCAGUGUGCCAAGCGAUCACAUGCCCAGUUCCCAACACACCUCAAAAUGGGGCUAUAUCCAUAGUUAGUCAACCACCUGUUGCCACAGACUUGUCAUCCAGUCCUUUGCUAAGUUUCCCAGAAGUCACUGGAGAAAUUGAACUGCUGAGAAGAAGGCGCAGUCCUGACUUUGAGGACUUAGAUGUAGAAUUUCCACUUGUUGGACAUCUGGAUGAUCCACAGUUCCCCGCUGUGGGUAGUGAGAGUCGGAGUUUUUCCACACCAGAUGACGAUUUUCCUACAUUGUUACAGAACACCGGCAAUGUGCCAAGUGAUUAUGAAUAUUUUGGCCAACACACUGGACAUGCAUCAAGUGACUACGAAGAUUUUGGCCAAAACACUUUACAGGUAUCACGUGACUACGAAGAUUUUGGCCAAAACACUUUACGAGGAUCAAGUGAUUAUGAAGAUUUUGGCCAGUCAUCAGAUGGUUUUGAGUAUGAACAGAGUGCUGGGCAAGGGCCAGAUGACUAUGGAGAUUUUACGCAAAAAGUACAACCCCCUGGAAACCUUGGUUCAGGUUUUAAUGUAGAGCAAAGAGACUAUCUGUAUGGCACUGAACUAGAGUAUGACUGUCGACCUGGCUACAAAUUAGUGGGUGCUCCUCGACAGCAGUGCACUGAAUCGGGAGAAUGGGAUCAAGCAGAACCUCACUGUUAUGAACAGUACUGCCCAGAGUUGACCCCUGUGCCACAUGGCCAUAUUGUUUACCAUGGGUCAGGCAUUGACAGUCGUGCAGAGUACGUCUGUGAUGAGGGUUACGAACUUGGUGUAGAUUUUGAGCUUCUUUGUAAUGCUGACAGAACAUGGUUGGGUGAUGUUCCUGUGUGUCACAUUGUUGACUGUGGAGUACCUCCAAGUAUAGGCAAUGGUACCACUGAAGAAACUGGGACUACAUUUGGAUCAGUGGUUACUUACAACUGUUUUGAGGGCUUUGUGCUUGAAGGUAGUGUUAAUCGCUACUGUAAUUCCAUUGGCCGCUGGAAUGGGUCCAUGCCUCGGUGUUUAGCAGUGACAUGUGCUGUUCCUCCUGUCAUUGAUAAUGGCUAUAUAACAUUUGAGGGUAACUUGUAUGUAAAUUCUCCUAUAGAAUACGAGUGUAAGGAGUGCUUCAAGAUCAAUGGUACACGGAUUAGGCAGUGUCAGGUAGAUGGUACAUGGACCUUGGAAGAACCAACAUGUAGCCUGGCAUACUGCGAUGUCCUACCAAAGAGUAUCCCCAAUGGGCGUGUAAUUGGUGAUGAUAACUCGUGUGGUUCACUAGUGGAAUUCGAAUGCUCACCUGGUUACCAGCUAAAUGGGAGACAGAAGGCAACAUGCUUGGAUGAUGAGAGAUGGAGCUCUCCUACACCAACAUGUGAGAGAGUCAGCUGUAGCCUUCCAGCACGGUUGCCAAAUGGGAAACAUAUUGGUUCAUCUUAUAAAUUCACUGAUAAAAUCACAUAUCAGUGUAAUGAAGGUUAUGUGAUGCAGGGACCUGGCUUACAGGUAUGCCAGGCAGAUGGGACAUGGUCAGAUUCACCCCCAUAUUGUGCAGUUGUCAACUGUACAAAGCCCAGAGGACCCUCCAAUGGCAAGGUGCGUCUUAAUGGGCUCUUUUUUGGCUCUUACGCAAGCAUUGUGUGCGAUCCUGGGUUUACUUUACAAGGUGAAAGAAGACUAAUGUGUGGUUCUACAGGCAAGUGGGAUAAGGCAAUGCCCCACUGUCAAGCUGUCAUAUGCCCACCAGCACUUCAGCCCUUACAUGCUACUUAUAACUCUACUGAGUUGGAGUUUGAUGCUUUCACAGUUCUCCAAUAUAAGUGUAAGGAAGGCUACUACACCACAGCAAACAGUACUCUACUUACUUGCAGUGCAGCAGGAAAGUGGGAGGGCAGUGUUAUACAGUGUUUUCCAGUGAACUGUGGUGAUCCUGGGACACUGCCUCAUGGCUACAUCACAGGUAAUGACUACACUUAUGGUAGUCAAGUGAAAUUUACUUGUGAUACAGGAUACAAGCGCCUUGGUGCACCCACCGCUGAAUGUGAGGCUGAUGGAUCCUGGAGCAACUAUGCUACUUCAUGUUUACAAAUUACCUGCCCAGAGCCACCACAGGUUAACUUUGGAAAGAUGAUAAUGAGAAGCGAAAAUAGUGUUUUUGGUGCCUCUGUGGCUUAUCAGUGCAAUGCAGGUUACAUUCUGAUGGGUAACUUCAAUCGCACUUGUGACAUAAAUGGACUAUGGACUGGAGUUUCCCCAAUAUGCCAGCCUGUUAAGUGUCCUGAGCCUUUUGAAUCCAUCAACUCUGUGCGCAUAGGCAAUGUGUUUGAGUACAAUCAUACUGUAUUGUAUUCAUGUAAUGAAGGGUACACCAUGAAGGGAAAUGCUGAGCUUGUGUGCCAGGCUGAUGGCACUUGGUCUGACCAGAUACCCAUCUGUGAGAUGAUAACGUGUCCUAAAAUCCUCGGUAUUCCUCAUGGAACCUGGAAGUUGAAGGCUUUGGGUGAGUAUCCUGUCAAGACUGAAGCACUCACAUCAACAGACCAUGGUAAUGGAAGUGCUAAAGGUCAUAGCAAGACAAACAUCUCCUCCAAACUCCAGUCACUGGUAGAAGGUGUGAGAGGUGAGGAAUUAAUCCAUAAAUUUGGAGAUGUUAUUGAAUUUCGAUGUAAUUCUGGCUAUUCAAUGGCAUCUAAUGGUCUUCUUGAGUGUACAGAAAAUGGUUGGAACAGUCCUGUACCUCAGUGCCACCCAAUUGCCUGCCCCAUCCCCAUCAACAUUCGUCGAGGCACAAUCAUAGGUGGUGACUACACCUUCGGGGCUACCAUUCGUUAUGAGUGUGAGGAAGGACACGAGCUUGUUGGUGUAGCCAGCAGGACCUGCCAGGCUAGCAAGAAGUGGACAGAUACAGAACCUCUCUGCAGGGCUAUAGAGUGCCCCAGACCAGCACACUUGGAAAAUGGUCAGACCAAUGGAGAAAGCAUCAAGUACCGUUCCAUUCUCUCAUAUGUAUGUGACUCUGGAUUCAGGCUUGAGGGUCUUGCAACCAGGAUAUGCCAGAGUAAUGGUAACUGGACUGGGGAGCAACCUGUGUGUAUUGAACUCGUGUGUGAUAUGCCCAACGAGGUCAUUCAUGGCAUCCGCAAUAUUAUCAGUCUCAAGGUUGGAGGAACAGUGCGGUACUCAUGCAUCGAAGGUUACCGCAUGGAAGGAUCUGGGACCCUCAACUGUAUCAGUGAUGGCAAGUGGGAUGCCCAGCCCCCAUUAUGUGUACAGGUGGACUGUGGCCUCUCCCCUUCAGGCACUAAUGUCAUUGUCCAUGGCACUCACACCGUCUAUGCCUCUAAGGUAACCUUUGUUUGUGAACGUGGUUACCGUCUGCUGGGCAAUGAAUGGAGCACGUGUUUGCAAUCUGGUAGGUGGAGCAACGAGGCACCUCUCUGUGAUCCCAUCUACUGCCCUCAGCCUGAAGCACCCCCACAUGGUCGAAUUCUGCGAGAUAAUGGUGAAAAAUCUUCUGAGGAGUGGGAGGAAGAGGAAGUAGAGAUGUUGCAACCACUUACAUCGUUUUACAAGACAAAGGGCAAGAAGACCAUAACGAAAAGUAAAAAGACAGCAGCAAAAGGCAAGAAACAGGGAAGAAAGUUUUCAGAAAGAAUUGUUGAAAAAUUGUACCAUGUGGACGAUGAAGUGAAGUGGGACUGUGUUGAAGGCUAUCAGGCUGAGGGACCAACUACUGGCAUAUGCACAACAGAAGGAGUGUGGUCAAAUGGCCCACCCCGCUGCAGGAGAGUGUCUUGUGGCUCCCCUCAUCUCCCAGACUAUGCGAUCAUCCAGGGUGAUGAUUUCCUCUACGGAGCCACUGCUAACUACUCCUGCAGGGAAGGCUAUGAACUUAAUGGAACAAGUGUUCUCACCUGUGAAGCAAAUGGCAGAUGGAGUUCCGAAGCUCCCACUUGUACUCCUGUAUCAUGUGGGCCACCUACCCUAACAGCCCACACAUUGGUGCGAUACAUCACCCCACAGCACAACCAGCCACACUCAUUUGGCUCCACUGCUUCCUAUACCUGCCAUGAUGGAUACCAGCUGCAAGGAGGAGAAACACAGGUGUGUGAGGCUAAUGGUGAGUGGAGAGGAGACAGCCACACCUGCAUGGAGAUGCAGUGUGAAAACAUGCCGUCCCUUUUACAUGGUCUGGUAGCUGUGAAGAAGACUGGGCACCUUCAAACAGCCACUUUCAAGUGUGAGCCAGGCUACAGCCUGCUGGGGGAUACUGCUGUAAAGUGUAGCUUUGGCCAGUGGCAAGAAUUCAAUACAACAUGUGACCCUGUCAACUGCUAUGAGCCUGAGGUGCCGCCCUUUGGCAAGAUCACUGCCAAGCACUUCAGCCUGGGCAGUGUGGCCAACUACACCUGCAUGUAUGGCUACAUGUUGGUGGGCAACCCUUCUGUUGAAUGUCUUGCUGAUGGCACCUGGCGGGGUGAAUUGCCAGUCUGCAAGCCUGUUGACUGUGGUCCUCCAGAGGAGCCGACCAAUGGGAAGGUGGAGUCAUCGCACAUGGACUUAGGAGCAGAGGCACUCUACCACUGCAACACAGGAUACCAGCUCUUUGGCAAUGAUACCCGUGUAUGCACUGCUGAUGCCAUAUGGAGUGGCAACCUCCCUCAAUGCCACCUUAAAAACUGUGGAGAAAUCAAGCCACCACAAAAUGGUUUUGCAAUGGGCGUGGGAACAUUAUAUGGAGACAAGGUGAAGUUUGCUUGCGAGAGAGGCCAUGUGUUAAGGGGAGAGGCACUGAUCCACUGCAAUGACUCCGGCACCUGGUCUGCCUCGACGCCUUUCUGUGAACCGGUGGUGUGUGGCAGUGCUCCUGUACCUCCUAAUGCUAUACGACCUCCAGAGGCAUCCAGGCGCUCAUUGUACAAGGACCGUAUUCACUAUAUCUGCCAGAAGGGCUACAUCUCGCGAGGUGACCUCUCUGCAACCUGCCUGGAGUCCAGUCAGUGGUCUCAAGUCCAGGGACAGUGUACAAGUAAGUCUGCUUUGUUUCCUUCCUUUGCUAUUAUAUGUGCACUAUUGGCACUUCAUAAAUAUCUCUUGUACAUGGCUGUAUAGCCCAUAUAGGUUUAG